ACAAACUCUGAUGGAUUUACCAAAACACAAACUAAUCCAAGACAUUAUCACCAGAUGGAACAGUUCAUUCGAAAUGCUUGAACGUUUUUUGGAACAGCAGCCAGCUAUAAUGGCAACUCUGAUGUCCAAGGAUCUGCGAAAAGGGGUCACAGAUGUAUGCACGCUGAGUGAGAGUGAUAUUGCCAACAUGGAUGACAUUGUUCAGUUGAUGGGUCCUGUCAAAAUUGCAACAACUGUAAUGUGUGAGGAAGACCAGCCAACUCUCUCUGUAAUUGCUCCUCUUCAAGCAAAACUUCUGAAACACCUACAGCCAUGCGAAAACGACUCAACCCUGGUUGCAGAGAUUAAGAUCGUGAUGACCAAUGACCUCUCCAAACGCUACAGAGGCACCCAAGAUGCUCUCAACAUAGCAUCAGCGUUGGACCCGCGAUUUAAAGAACUGCCCUACCUGGACAAAGAGGACAGAGAACAGGUCUACGCAAAACUGAUUUUUGAGGCAGAAGCGUCCCACCAGAUGCAAGCAAUGGGAAAUCAGGAGGACGACGAGGGAGGCUCAAGCACAAAGCUGUCAGGAUUGGAUGAAGAGACCACAGCUCCAAAUGACUCACCUCCUUGUAAGAAGAAAGCUUUAGAUGCACUGUUUGGUGAUUCCUUUACCCAAAGAGAAAGAAAAUCCACAAGUGAGACAGCCAGAGCAGAGGUUAUGAGGUACCGAGCAAAAGAUGCAUUGCCUUUGACUGAAAAUGCCAUGAAUUGGUGGAAAUCUCAGGAGAACGAGCUACCUGUACUUUCAAUCCUUGCUAAACGGUACCUGUGCAUUCCAGGCACCAGUGUGCCAGCAGAGCGAGUUUUUAGUACUGCUGGCGACAUAGUGAACGCACAGAGAAGUGUUCUGCGGCCAGAUCAUGUUGAUCAGUUGAUAUUUUUGAAAAAAAAUCUGUAGGGUCAUUGAAGAGUAGUUUGUUACACUUGACCUAUUGUUACAUAUUAGUGCACUGCUGUUUGUUUAUUAAAAUGAGAGUAGUAGCAAGUUCAGCCACUGCUCAUUCAACCUUAAUAAAUGCUGGUUGCACUUUACUUUUGAUAUUAAUACUGUAUUUUUAUUAUUUUUUUGUUGAAAAACCACAGCAAAGGUAGCAGGUAAACCUACUAUUAAUACAACCUCAGGAAAGGUUGGUUGCACUUUAUUUUUGAUAAUAAUACUGUGUUUGUAUUAUUUUGUAUGUUGAAAAUCAACAGCAAACGU